AGAAGAAAAAAAGUCCACAAAAGUGAAGAGAAAUGUAAAUUUCCACAAAAAUCGCUUAAAAGUCACAAAAUAACAAGACAACCACGUAAAAAAGUGCAAAAAUACCUAAAAUUUCUGUGAAACAAAGUUAAAACUCAGCAAAACGACGAGCAACUCGUUAACAUUAUUUUUGAUGACAAAAAUCUCAACCUGUUAAACUAUUUCCUGUACAACUUUUUUAUCAUCUUCAUCUUCUGCGAUACUAUUUUUUCCCUUACAAAGUAAUCAGCAUCAAGCAUGAACAUGUUUGUGGACUCCAUAUCACCCUCGUACAGCAGCAAAAGAAGAUAAAAACUAACAAAAGAAAUCAAAUUGACACGAAAAAAGACGAAGAAAAGUUUUUUUGUCGCAAAAAAUUACUAACUAACUAACAAAUCCAGCAACAAAAAUGAUUAUAACACGAAGGAAUUGGUUACUACGUUGCAGUAUUUUGGCAAAUAUUGCCGUUCUGCUGUACAUUUGCAGUCAUGUCAUGAUUGGCAGUAGUAAUUUUUCGGUACGACCCUCACAGUACCUCAUUCAAGACGACACAAAUAGGAUGCAGUUCAAGCAUAGUAGUAACAAAGCUAACUUGCUUAUGCCACCCGAAAAAGAGCUCGAAGACGAUAUUCGUGUUAAUGAACUCAUGAAAUCUCAAGUUCCGGAGAAGCAAAGUGAGCAAAUUGUGAAUGCGAAUGCCGUUCAAAUUAGUUUGGAUGCCGCCAACGAGGCAUUUGAGGAUGAUAAUCGCUUUGAAAUACCAACGGACGAGACAAAGUUACUGAAAAAGGAGGAAGCUAUUGAGCAAGACAUCAAUGGCGCUAGUUUUAAUAGUUCAACCAAUAAUAAUAUACAAAAUGACUUAGAUUCUAAAUUAAAAUCAAUAUUAAGAUGUCAUGAUCGAGAUUUUCAACCUGCCAUUGCGCAACGAGGGGAUUUUUGGGUGUUGAAAAAUUAUGUGAGGGCAGAUCAUGGAGAGCUAAAGUGCUGGGAGUCCAUUACCUAUACAACGCAUGCCGAUUAUUCGUUUUUAGAUAAUUUGCCGCCUUUGUUAGAGAGAUGGAAUGCUCCCGUCAGCAUCGCUCUCCAUGCGCCCGGGGCAGAUUUCAUGCCUACAAUUAGUUCUAUAAAAUAUUUACGAGACUGUUCACCAGAAAGUAGCCUAAUUAGACUUUUUGUCACCUUCCAUAUAUACUUUAGUAGCAAACAUGUCCCCAAAGUGAUUCCUAAAGCAGAUGAAAUAUUUGCCACGCCAUUCAAUUGUUCAUUGCCAUCGCCAUUCGCGAAUGUAAGUUCCCAACAAUUGUACAAGACGCAAAAGAAGUUGCUGUAUCCCGUUAAUGUCGGUCGAAACAUUGCACGAGAUGCUGCUCUUACGCAUUUUAUUCUCGCGAGUGACAUUGAACUGUAUCCAAGUCCCGGAUUGGUGCAUAAAUUCCUUGAAAUGAUUGCGAGGAAUGAUCCGCCGUUGCAUCGAACGGCUCCAAGAGUUUAUCCACUUUCAUUAUUCGAAGUCGAUGGAUCCGUGUCAGUUCCAAAAGAUAAAACGGAGUUGCAAGAACUCCUUCGCAAGGGAAAAGCAAUCAAAUUUCAUUCGCGCGUUUGUGCAGCGUGUCAUGGAGUGCCUAAAUCAAAAGAAUGGAUCGCUGCCAAUGAAACUGAUGAUUUGGGCAUUUUUCAUAUUGGCAAACGUAUGGGAUAUUUCGUGCAUUGGGAGCCAAUUUACAUUGGGACACAUGCUGAUCCCCAUUAUGACGAACGGUUGAGUUGGGAAGGCAAAAGUGAUAAAAUGACACAAGGCUACGCUUUGUGCGCUCUCGACUACGAGUUCCACAUACUGGACAAUGCAUUCCUCGUGCACAAGCCCGGCAUCAAGGUAUUGAAAAAGGACCCUAAGCGUGCAAUGCUCGCUGGAAAAACCAAUCAACUAAUCAAGAAGGUGAUUUAUCCGGAAUUACAGGCGCUUUACGGCGUGAGGAAAGGAUGUGCUGUAUAGUAGUUACAGAAAGAUCGUCUCAAUGUUCCAUAGGCUAAACUCUUCUACUUCGUAUAGCAUAGAAACAAAAAAUCGUUAUUUUAUACCUUGAAUUAUUAUAAAUUUAUGACAAACCAUUUUUACGGCACAACUCUCCAAUACGUAUCUUUCUCAAAGAAAAAUGAUAAGUUUUGUAACAAAAAACUGUUAGGUUGGUCAAAAUAGUUAAGAAUCUCCUAAAAAUAAGAAAAAAGUACCAAGGAAGUGAUUAAGAGAAAAAUUGAAUCUUCUUCAAUUUAAAAUAAAAAAUAAAUUACCCGCUAAUGUCUUAUGUAAAAAAAAAUAAAA